GGGCAGGGCCCGCAGCGGAGAGACCGGCACCGGCACCGGGACCCGGUGUGGCAUCCAUGGCAGGAGCCGUGCGCAUUGGGGACCAGCUCAUCCUGGAAGAAGACUACAAUGAAUCCUACGUUCCCAAGGAGCAGGAAAUCCGGGAUUUUGCGCCCACGAUCGGGAUUGACCCCGACAAGGAGUCAGAGCUGCUGUGGCUGGCCAGGGAGUGCCUGGUGACCCCAAUGCCCCCGGAGUGGAAGGCCUGCCAAGAUAUCGCGGGUGGUGACAUCUAUUUCUUCAACUUUGAGAGUGGCCUCUCCUCGUGGGAGCACCCCUGUGAUGAGCACUACAAGCAGCUGGUCAUCCAGGAGAGGGAGAAGCUGCUGGCACGGGGCAGCUUGAAGAAGGAGAAGAAGGAGAAAAAAGAGAAGAAGAAGGACAAGAAGGAGAAGAAGGAGAAGAAAGAGAAGAAGAAGGACAAGAAGGAGAAGCAGCUCCUGAGGCAACUCCCUCCCCCAGGCUCCCAGCUGGCGCCCAUCCAGCCUGCCCUGGGCACCCUGUCUCCUCUCCGGGGCCUCACCCCGUCGUCCAUCGCCCCUCGUGGCUCCCUGAGCCUGGAGCUGGGGAAUGUGCUGGACUCCGGCCUCAUCCCCAGGGAAGGAACGCUGCCUGCAGAGCUCCCAAAGCCCAGCGGCCGCACCCAGAACCUGCUGGAUUUGAUCUCUGAGGAGAAAAGUUCCUUGAGCGUGGCAGUGCCAGAGAAGUGGAGAAAUGAAGAGGAAGAAAGUGAAAAUGAGAGUUUCCAUGGGACCUCUAGGCUGUUAAAAAAUGUGUACCUGGAUGUUGAAGCCCUGGCAGGCAGCUUUGACUUUGAGAAGGAAUCUCUAAAAUCGAGACAUCCUGAAGAAGUGGCAGAGUCUUCCUUGGACUCUGGUGCCGCGUGCCCCCCGUCUCCGGUUCAGCUCCUCUCCAGGGACGCUGCCAGCAGCCUGAACGAGGAGCAGGAGCCUGCUGGGGAUGGAGCAGUGCCCAGAGAAGAUGCUGAGGUGGAAGGAGACGCCUCUGGAGCUGAGGAGGGGGAGAGGAGCACAGCAGGGCCGGCCACGCACGGGGCUGGGGCGGAUCAGCUGCCCAGCCUGGCUGCCACUGCUGACUCCCUGUCCUGUGGAGAAAAGGGGCUGGAUGAAGAGAGGGAAGAAGCAGCAGCUGAUUCAAUAUCAGAGGAUGGGCUGGACGACGGCAAACUUUCAAAGGCAUCCGGGGGCAGUGGCUGUGAGCAGGACCUGCCUGUCUCCAAGUGCUCCGACCAUGAGGUGGUUCAGCCUGUGGGCUUGGGCUUGAAGAGCCAGCUCUCCGAGGAGCUUCUGGGCAUGGGGACUGUGUCUCCUGCUCUGGACAGUCCCCAGUGCCAGGCCCUGGAGCUGGGAGCAGAGGAAAAAGAGCAAAGCAAAGCCAGCGUGGAGGAAGAGCCAAGGAAAAGAACAGAAGCUGCUGAGAGCGAGAGGGAUCUCAGUGCUUGUGAGGCCCCCGGGGAGCGUUCGGGGUUGGAAAAUCCCGGCGGGGCGGAGACGGAGGAGGGAGCCCUGGAUAGCCUGGUGGACCCCGAGGAGCUGCCUGCUCCACAGAACGUGCAACCUGAGAAGGAAAUGGAGCAGUCCUUGAGCCAGCCUCAGGAUGAAUCCCUGGAGGAAAAAGUCAAGGAGGUGGAGACGGAGCUGGAGCAAGAGGAAAUACAUUUAUUUCAAGCAAAGGAGGAGAAAAUCCAGCAAUUCCAGGAGGAGAUGAGGCAGAAGGAGGAGGAGGAAGAAGCUGAAAAGCUUCAUCAGCACAAAGAAAAGCCCCUCAGUGCUCCAGAAGAAGAUUUAGCAAAAUCUGAGCAGGAAGAGGAAGAGUUGCUUCUCAGAGAGGAAAAAGCCAAGAGACUCGAAAAGCUGCGAGCCCAAAUCGCUGCAGAGAUGGAGGCAGAGGAGGAGAGGAUGAGGGCAGAGCAGGAGGCCACGCUGCAGGAGCUCAGGGAGGAGUGGGAAUCCCGGCAGCUGGAGGAGGAGGAGAGCCUGCAGAGGAAGCAGCAGCUUGCCUUGGAGGAAAUGAAGCUGGCAGCGGAGGAAGCCCAGCAGAAGGAGAUGAGCAGGCUGGAACGGGAGAAGGAAGAGUUCCUGAGCCAGCUCAGGGGCAGCUUAGACAGGGAGAAGAAGAAGGCAGCAGAGGAGCUGGAGGAGCAGUUUGCCAGUGAACUCCAGCAGCUGAAGUCUGCAGCAGAGGGGAAGCACCGUGAGGUCAUUUCCAGCCUGCAAGCCCAGCUGGCAGAGGCACAGAGCAGCCAGGAGGCCCAGCUACGUGAGGAGCUGCAGAGAGCAGAUCAGAAAGUGCAGGAAAAAGCCCUUAAAGUGAAGGAAUACGAGCGUGAGCUCAGCGAGCUGAUGAGCGACAGACGCCGGGAGGUGGAGAAAGAGCACGAGAGGAGAAUGGAGAGGAUGAGAGGGGAGCACCGGGAGGCCCUGGCGCGGAUCCAGGAGCAGCACCAGGAGGAGGAGCAGAAGCAGAGGUCGGAGCUGCUGCAGGGGCUGCGCAGCGAGGCUGCACGGCUGCGGCAGCUGCACGACGCCGAGGUCAGGGGGCUGCAGGCAGAGCUGCAGGCGAGGCUGGCUGCCCUGCAGCAGAGGCACAGUGAGAAGGAAAGAAAGCUCCAGGAUUCGGAGAACGAGCUCGAGAUCCGCAUGAAAAACAUCCAGGCCAGAUCGGAGCAGCUCCUGAGCCAGGAGGAGUCCCUGCAGAGGAGGAGGCAGCUGCUGCUGGAUGAGGACAGGCGGAUGCAGCUGGAAAGAGACGAGGCUGCUCUUGCCUCUCAGCUGCGCCUGGAGGAGAGCAGGAAGGAGCACUCCAGCCUGCUGGAGUCCACCCGGCAGCUGUGGAAGACCCUGGAGGAGCUGCAGGACCAGAAGGCUGAGCUGGAGGCUCAGGUGGACUUGCUGCAGAGCCGGAGCCAGAGGCUGCAGAAACGCAUCGGAGAGCUGGAGGAAGCAAUCAGGAGCAAGCAGGAGGCUCUGAAAGAACUGGAGGCAGAAGAAAGUGUGGAAUCUCCAAGAAAGAAAGCCGAACUCUGUGUUGAAGACCUGAGAGAAACUCCUCAAGCUCACUCGUCCAGAGAGCCUUCCCCAGCCUCGCAGAGCCCCGAGGAGAGUGACCUGCAGCUUGGUCGAGUGCAGAGCUACAUCUCGGCCGAGCGGCAGUCCCUGCGCAGCGCCAAGGAGUUCCUGCUGCGCCAGAGCCGCUCCCUGCGCCAGCAGCGCUCGGCGCUCCGGGCUGCCAGGCUGCACUGGGGCCAGGACCUGCGCAGCGCCCAGGGGACCCUGCAGGACCCCCACAGCUCCCAGCUCCUGCAGGGCAUGCGCCAGAGCCUGGAGGAGGAGGCAAAGGAGUUGGACAAGAUGAAGUCGGCCAUGCAGAAAGGACAGGUGCUGCUGAAGAAGAAGGAGGAGAAGCUCAGCCAGCUGGAGUCCUCGCUGCUGGAGGAGCUCUCAGAUGAAGAUAUGCUGAAGAGUUCAGCGUGCAAGAAGGUGGUGACGUUUGAUCUGAGCACCUCUGAGGACACCAGCAGCACGUCCAGCGUGAAUCUGGGCCAGUCGAGGUCUGACCUGAGAAUGGAUUUCUGGCCUGUCCUCCAGCAGGACAAGAUCCAGCACCUGAGGGACUCUGUGCAGAGCAUCUCCAGCGAGCUGAACGGGGUCCUGGGGCUCCUGGACUCCCUGAGCCAGCACCAGUCCCCUCUGCUCACCUCCACAGCCCGCGAGGGCAUCCCUCUGCCCACCUAUCCCUCCUUGGCAGGCCUGGUGGGGGGCAGCUCCCUGGGGAACCCCCCCAGGGUGUCCCCCCUGGACCAGUGGGCCCGGAGCAGCAGGCCCAGCUCUAAUUAUUCCAUCUCAGGGCAGUCAGUGGACAGCAUGCUGACAGAGAAAUGGCACAGGUAUUUCCCAGGUGGGUUCCCAUUGCUCAGUGAGGGUCCUGUGCCUCUGGACAGCAAGCUGGGCUAUGUCCCUGCAGAUGAACAAAUCAGGCUCUUCCAGCAUUCCAAGUUCAGUGAGCCAGAGACAAGGAAUAUUGAGGGGAUGAUUGAGAGCAACAAGAAAUGGCUGAAAGGCUUCAAGAAGGAUUCCAAAGUACCUCUCUCCCCGCUGGCACAGAAGCCCCCAGGCAGCAGCCCCAGCCUCCUGCAGCUGGGGCUGGAUGAAAACAGAGAGAUCAAGGUGUACCACUACUGAAAGCCGCCGAGCCACUCGCCCGUUCUGGCUGACGAGGACGCUGCACUUCAAGGGAGCCCAUCUGUGAGAAACCCUCUUCAAAGCCAUUCUCCUGAGACAGCUGCUGGGGGGAGGCUGUGAGGCUGCUGCCCCACACCCCCGUGCUGUGAGAGACCCUGGGGUGGGUGGGGGUGGGAGCCCCCCGUCCCUGCUCCCUGGGUGCAGUGUGCUGGCACACCGUGAGCCUGGCAUGGGGAUGUUUACAUGCAAAUAGAAAUCUAUUUUUGAUUAACAUCAUUUUAAAACUCUGAAGAAUGUAUGUAUUUUAUUUUUCCUGGCUGUUUUUCUAGAAUUUUUGUAAUUACUCAAUAGCCUUAUGCCUUCCUAGGAGAGGAGGGAUCUGAACACGGGUAUCCCAUCUGCUGUUGGAUUGCACAAACCCCUUCCUGCAGGGAUUUUGCUUUUAGUUUCCUGGAUACUCAGAGGACACAUGGCAAUCCUUCCAGUCAUGGGUUUUAGAAGGGACCCCACAGUUGUGGUUGCUGUGGCCAAAGCCAUAUCACUGAGUCCAUUCUGUGUUUUGGGAGAAGCAUGCCUUAAUGGUGCAGGGAAAUGCCAUUUUUUUUUAACAAUAACUUGGUUUGAAACAUGCUCCUUUCUCCUGUUAAAACCCAGGAGAGCAGAUGUAUCUGGUUUUGUAUAAAUUAAAUCAACGUGAGCCUGUUUUGUA